ACUCGUCGACCAUAGCUAGUGGCGAAUCGUCCGCUGGUCUAGCCUGGAAUUUUAUAGAUAGAUUUAACGUCCCAACACCCUCUCGCGCACCCUAACAGCACUUUAUGGCAGACCCACAACUUGUGGAUGGAUCUAGGUGGAAUUUCUCCCAAACUUUCCUAAACGACUUUCAAUCCCUACGCUCAGACUUGCAAACGCGUAUCCAGCAGGCCAAUCAGUCUGUCUCGAUUUCGAAGCAGACACUCGAUGGUUUAAAUCUUCAACUAGCAGAAUUAUCCAAAAGUAUUGUUGAUGCAACUGGAUCUAUUCCAAAAUUUGAUCAAAGGAACUGCGAAAAUCAACUGAAAGAGAUCGAGCAAAGUCUUGAGGGACUCCGAAAGGCUUCGGCGCCGGCCUCGAAAUUCGCGUUCAAGAGAAAGGCUAGAGAGGCGGUACAAUCUUCGCCCAACGUGUCAACGCCGUCCAUGAAAGCCAGUGCUGCACCAACGUCCUCACUAACUUUAUCUUCAUACACGAUGAAACUUGUCACACCGGAUGAUUUACCAGACCCCGAAACAGUUGCUCCAGAGCUACGUUCCGAAUUGAGUAUACACGAUUUGGAUUCCUGCAUUCUUAAUUUGAUCAACGCGAAACAACACGAAAUCUCAGCGUUGCACAUCCGCAAUGUUAAAAAUUCGAUCCUUCUUCUUCCGGCUCUCGAUGGCAGCGUCAUAUUGCAUGAUCUGAUAAAUUGCAUCGUCGUAGUGAAGUGUCAUCAGUUUAGAAUGCACUCAUCAAAGAGCAUCGACGUCUACCUUUCUAUCCAAUCAAAUCCCAUCAUCGAGCACUGUCACAGCAUCCAAUUUGCACCAUAUCCUGCUACCUUUUCCCCAACGAUCGUCCAACACAAUUCUGACGUUUCAGUGCAGGACUUCUCGCAUAUAAAAUCCACGCCGUCUCCCAACUGGAACGUUCUAGAUGAAAGGGCCAGGAAAUUACCCGAAGAUUGGCAGUCGAUUUCAGCCGUAAGCGCAACAGACGUUGAGCGGAUUUUACAGAAAUGUUUGCCCAGCGUGUGAUAUGAGCAUUUUGAUCUAUGGGUUACUCAGAAUGAGCGAUGUACUUAUGGGAUAGAUAAAUUUGCCCUUGGAGGUCGAAGAGGGCAUUUUCCUCGUAGUCAUUGCGGAUAUUAGCUCAUAUGUACGGUCGUUCCUCCAUCAUUUAAAACCAGUGGAACAAAAAACCGGUUCGUCAAAUUAUCAUAUUCCGCAUGUUCUUGAUGCACACAAGCCGGU